AUGUCUACUAGCUACUAUGGCAGUCAUCUUGACCGCUACAUUGAGCACAAUGACCAAUCAACAUUACAUAAGAUGAAAGAAACUUAUUGGACAACUAAGCAAGCGGUCAUUAAGAAACUUGGUAAAAAAGAAGAUGAACAUGUUGUUGCCUCAGAUCAUGAAUUGGAUGCCAAACUGGAGGUUUUCCGUGCAAUCCAAAAGUCCAGCAUGGAAUUAUUACGUGUUAUUGAAAAAUACCAAGAUCGAAUUUGUGCUCUUUCCCAAGAAGAAAAUGCCACUGGACGUUUUCUCAAAUCCCAAAGCUCAAUUGACAAGACAAGGGCUGGCAAAAUGAUGGCAGCUGUAGGGAAGUCCCAAAGUUUUGCAGCUCAGCAAAGACUGGCACUGCGUGUACCAUUAGUUCGGCUCUACCAGGAGGUGGAAACCUUCCGUUACCGAGCCAUUUCAGACACUUUGAUGACUAUUAAUCGGAUGGAAGGGGCACGAACAGAAUAUAGAGGGGCACUUCUUUGGAUGAAGGCGGUUUCUGAAGAAUUAGAUCCUGAUACUUACAAGCAGUUGGAAAAAUUCAGAAAAGUGCAAGCUCAAGUAAGAAAAACCAAAGCACGUUUUGAUAAACUGAAGUUGGAUGUGAUGCAGAAGAUAGACUUACUUGCUGCCAGUCGCUGUAACAUGUUCUCACAUGUAUUGGCAAACUAUCAGUCGACAUUGUUACACUUUUGGGAGAAAACAUCCCGUACCAUGACGGCUGUAUCAGAAAGUUUCAAAGGCUACCAGUAUUAUGAAUUUAGCAUGUUAAAGGAAUUGACUGAACCCAGCAAAAAGUUGUGUGAAACGACACAAAAGAGAGAACAGGCUGAGAGGGAUACAGACGGUGGGGAGGAACCACAAAAAUCUGUAGAAGAGCAACUGAAAGAUCUGAUAUGCGACCUUUCGGACGAGGACCCUCCUGCCAACUCAGACAGAUCAAAACAGUCAAAUAUAAAUGAUCUCUUUGUUGAAAAGAGUACUGAAGAUGAUGAUCAGGAUCUCUUGAAACCUGGAAACAGACAGAACCCAUCUGACUUGAAGAAACCAUUUUUGAAAGACAAGGAACUGAAGGAAGAGAAACAGUCUUCUCCAAAAAGUAUUGACAGCCAUUAUGACUCAAAGAAUCCAUUUUUGAAUGAUGUCAAAGAAGAGAUGGAGAAAGAACAAGAAAAAAGCAACCACAAUCCAUUAAAUGUUCACAGGCUUUUAACUCUGGAAGAAGAAAAUGAAUCAAAGGAGAAGAAAGGUGCUGAGAAGAAUGGUAGUUUGCACAAUUUAUAUGAACCUGAUAAAUCAGAUACAGAAAAUGACAAAAACAGAAUAGAAAAUCCUUUUAUUGAUUUUGGUGAAGAUGAUGAUGUCAAAAACCUGGAGGAUUUCACUUCACAAGAACUUGAAAAGAUCAAAGCUCAAAAAAUGAAGAAAGCAUCUGAAAAUCCUGAUUUGUUGUGUGACAAUAUUGAAGCUGAUGAUUCUGAAAAAGAUGAUAUGGCUCUCCUCAAUGAGAUUUUAAAUGCCCCUUCGACUGGCGAGGAUGAAUUCACUCGUGAGUGGCAAGCAGUAUUUGGACCAGCUUCUCACUCAACUACAACAAACUUUACACCUGUGGAAAGUGACCAAUCCCAGGCUCCAGCAGGUUUCAUGCCUUCUAGUCUGUUAGAGAUGUCCAGUCAAAUGGGAAGACUUGAUCUUUCGCAAGCUGCAAAUAGUACUCUGUUUAAUGCCAGAGGAACUCCCAGUGGAACUGGUGAAAAUGACAGCUUCUUUCCAAGUGGUCAACUGGCCACAUCGUCCUCUACAUUGUCUGCUGCAUCUUCAUCUUUCUGCCAAUCAGCUGCACAGCCAAGUGAAGAUGCAGUUGCAAACAAACAGACCAAACCCCAAGCAAAAAAUGCCCAAAAGACAGACAUGUCUGCCUGGUUCAAUCUCUUUGCUGACCUUGACCCCCUGGCAAAUCCAGACGCAAUUGGUAAAAAAGCAGAUGAAAUAACUGAUGCCUAA